AUGCAUUUGUCAACUUCCUUCCUCGUCAGUCUUGGCGCUGCAGUCACGACCAUCAGUGGCGCCCUCACUAGCGUCACAGACUUCUGCGAUAACCCGACGGGCUUUGAGCUAAAUGUUAACGUGCCGGCCAACCUCACGCAGAAGCCAGCCAUCAUUUCUCGCUGUAGUGGCGAAGCCUACGCCACGCAAACAACAUACAUCACCCUCUCCGAGCAGAGAGGGAUCUUCACUAUCUUGACCUCCUCCAAGCGUGACUCCAACUGCCGGGAAGUCAAUACCGCCAAAGGACUCUCUCGCAAUGCCGGCGGCGACAAUCAAGGUCUAAUCUCCAUGGUGUUCGUCACAGGCUCCAGCUCGAGCUACAUGAUGACUAACGUGCUGAUAAGCACUUAUCCUGACGUCUUCGUCGCUGCAUGGUGCUAUCCUGGUGUCGCUGCGGGCUGUGUGGCUGGCACUCCUGGCGCGUCGCCUAUCUCACCGGACGGGGAGUGCGCAAAAUGCACCGUGAAAGCCAUGUUAUCUGGGUACAGUGGCAUGUAUCCCAAGCUUGCGACGUGGCACGGAACUGUGGACACACUUGUCAAGCUGCCGAACUUGGGCGAAGAGUUAAAACAGUGCAAGCUGGUUAAAUACAAGGCACGAGAUUUGGGUCACACCGUGCCGGUGCAAGAAGCGGAGGAUUUGACGUGGUUCGGUCUCUGA